AUGGUUUAUAUUGUAAACAAUUAUGUACUUGUAUUUUCGGAGUACGCAGAUUCGUUUGUAAGAGCAUACAAUGAAAUACAAAACAGACUCAAUUGUUGUAACACUAUUAGUCUAAUAAAUGAAACAAUUGACGAUUGGUAUUUUUUAGAUGUUAUAUUUCGAAAUCUUAUUCAACGUUGUUCAACAAUUCGUACAACUAAAAUUUAUUCAUAUCCAUCUUUAUUUCAUUGUUUACAAUCUUUAAAAUGUAUUUCAAAACAUCGAUUAUCUGACGGCUCUAAUGAUUGUUAUUAUGGUGAAGAUGAAUCAUUUUCUGCUUGUCAAUUAAAUGAUUCAAAGCGAUUUAUUUGUCCCUCAGAAUCAAACAAAUGUUUAUCAAUAGUUACACUUGAAAAUAGAAAAACUGAUUGUUUAAAUGGAGAAGAUGAAUUAACUUAUGAUGAACGUAAUGCUUUUCAAGGACUUAUACCAUUUGGAUUUAUUUAUAAUGGUAUUUAUGAUUUCUCAUCGAUGAAACACAUUGUGAUUGGUGGCCAUGUAAUAAUCCAUAUGUUCGAUGCGAUAAUACUUGGCAUUGUCUUAAUGGUGAUGAUGAACUUAAUUAUCUUAGAAAAAACUGUUCAUUCAAUGAACACGAAUGUUACGAUGAAUAUUUAA